GAGGCUGUGACUUCGUAACAUGGAUCGUUAUGUUUUCUUGCAGGAGUUUUUUGAGAAUCCAGCUUUCAGGCCCGACGGGUUGAAGCUGUACCCGACGCUGGUGAUCCGAGGAACCGGUCUGUACGAGCUAUGGAAGACGGGCCGCUACAAGAGCUACAACCCCAGCGCUCUGGUGGACCUGGUGGCCCGCAUCCUGGCGCUGGUGCCUCCAUGGACACGAGUCUACAGGGUGCAAAGGGACAUCCCCAUGCCGCUGGUGAGCUCCGGAGUGGAGCAUGGAAAUCUCAGAGAGUUGGCUCUGGCCCGGAUGAAAGACAUGGGCACUGAGUGUCGAGAUGUUCGAACGCGGGAGGUGGGCAUCCAGGAGAUCCACCACAAAGUUAGACCUUAUCAGGUGGAGCUGGUGCGUAGGGACUACGUGGCUAACGGCGGCUGGGAGACCUUCCUCUCCUACGAGGACCCGGAGCAGGACAUCCUGAUUGGCCUGCUGCGUCUGCGCCGCUGCUCCCCCCAGUCCUUCCGUCCGGAGCUCAAAGGGGGCGUGUCCAUCGUCCGCGAGCUGCACGUCUACGGCAGCGUGGUCCCCGUCAGCAGCCGGGACCCCAGCAAGUUCCAGCAUCAGGUUGAGACACGCAGAGGACACCCAGACAUUCUGUAUUUUCUAUUAUUUUAUUACCCUAUAUAAGGUUUUUAACUAAUGGAUGUAUCCGUCUUGUAGUUUUCUAUCAAUUUGCGAACUAUGACGCUCUGCUCUCAGUACACCUGUCCAUAUAGUGAUCGGUUAAGUGCAGCUAACCCCGUCCAUAUAAACUCACUCAUAGCCAGACUGAGAAACCCUGGAUUAAUUUACCGAGUUGAUAACCAGCAUCGUAAAACCCUUUAGUCAGAUCGCCUGGUUAUGAA